AUGUGUGAUUCUGUAGAUCAAGGAGAGGGAAGAAAGUUUCCCCCUAAAUCAAGCACAUUUACAGACCCAUGUCAAGGCACACCAUGUCCUGAGGGAAAGUUCUGUAACCACAUGCUCACGGCGCCUUUCUACACCUGCGAAGCACACCCGUCUUGGUCGCUGCUGCAGCCUUUGUGCCCAAAAGGAGAGGCCGGUGACGGCAUCACGUGCGGCCCCGACAGGGACAUGGAUGGAAGGCCAGACGCGGACCUGGGGUGCGUCGACGUGCGCUGCCGUCCAGACAACUGCAUCGACAUCUACAAUCCAGAACAACUCGACGCCGACGGGGAUGAUGUUGGUGAUGCUUGCGAUUUCGAUAUCGACGGCGAUGGGAGGAGCAUCGAAUUGGAUAACUGUCCGACGGUGAUGAACAAUGACCAAGCAGACAGCGAUUCAGACCAACAUGGUGAUGCCUGUGACAACUGUCCCUCAACGCCCAAUCUGACGCAGCGUGACGCUGAUGGUGACGGUCUUGGCGACGAAUGUGAUACGGAUAUAGAUGAAGAUGGUCUUGCCAAUGGAGGUGACAACUGCCCAGAUGUUGUCAACAUUGAUCAACUGGACAGUGAUGGUGAUGGAGUGGGCGACGCAUGUGACAACUGCCCUUCAAGUAGCAACGCCGGCCAGGCUGAUACAGACCAGGACUUUGUUGGUGAUGUCUGUGACACUGACACAGACACAGACAGUGAUGGCUUCCAAGAUGACUUGGACAACUGCCCAAACAUAGCCAACAGUGACCAAAAAGACAGUGACACUGAUGGCAGUGGCGAUGCGUGUGACACUGAUGCCGAUGGCGAUGGCAUUCUCAACACCAAUGACAACUGUCCUCUUGUCCCCAACGGCAGUCAGACCGAUUCUGAUGGAGAUGGGAUUGGUGAUGACUGCGAAGGUGACUAUGAUAAAGAUGGUGUCCCUGAUGGCGGCGACAACUGCCCAAAGAACGCCCAGGUCUUCACUACAGAAUUCAAGUAAAUCUUUCUAACACUUUUAAGAGUGAUGGUGGUUCCCUUGGAAGAACCUUAUCACACACCCAACUGGUAUUUCUUACCUGGAAGGACAGGGUUCUACCAAAGAGAAGAAGGAGAGACAUCUGCAGCCAUCGGACACUACAUUCAGAAAUUUAAGAAGGUUGAUCUAAAGCCCUCUGCUCCCUUGAGACCCUCUAGCUUAUGGCCUGAGCCGUCAUAUUGCUACAACUCAGGGACCCGCCAUAUUGCUACAAGUCAAGGCACCAUAGAAACUUGCUUGGGUAUGUUUGGUCCUACACCAGCACUUUUAUUCAGAGUAUUCGCAACAUGUCACAUACAAUUUAAUCCUCGAUUAUUGCCAGGUGAUGUGAGUCUUGGCAGCGUUGACUUCGAAGGAACCUUUACGAUUGAGAGCACUGACGAUGACUUUGUUGGAUUUGCUUUCAGUUUCCAAGACAACCGCAGGUUCUACAUGGUGAAUUUUAAACAGGAUGCUCAGCAGUUGGCCUCGCCUGCGGUCAGCGAUCAGGGUCUUCAUCUCAAGCUCGUCGACUCUGCCACAGGACCAGGAGGCAACGAUCUUCAGUAUGCGAUCUAUAAUACCGCGAGUGUCGCAGAUCAAGUGGGUGUACCAUUGAGAUGCCACAGUACCUCACUUAGCACCGGUGUAGCCUUGCUCGACAUAGUAGCCUCCAUCGCCGUGUCCUACUACACUGGUGACCCCGGAGUGACCCGAACACCAGCCAUUCGGCCAAUCACUGUACUCGGCCGCGGACGCCAUUCUCGCCCUCGCAAGAUUCUCGCUCUGUGGUCCUUUCUUCCUCGACAGGGGGGAGGCAUUGUGUCAGACGCCGCAAUCACCUCACUAAGCACCGGCGUAGUCUCACUUGGCAUAGUUGCCUCCGCACUGAUUCAGUGGAGUUACACGUCGUGGUAUUUCGCUCGCUCGCUUAGCUCACUCUCUGGAGGGGGAGUACCUGUAACAACACGACCUGGCAACAUCUCAGCAUACUUUCAUAGGUCGGGUCACAUCAGGUGUACUGCCGUGUCCUCGCACUCUCAGCAGCAGGGGAAUCGUUCCCUGCACGAGAGGAAUCCAGAACCGAGAUCAGCAUUCCCUGAUCCUCCAGACGACCACGACGACAGCAGCAGCAACACAAGGACUGCCCAGUCCUUAGCCGACUGGGGAUCCUAUGGGCUCCUCCGAGAACUGCCCACUGGGCACUUGCAGCAGCAAUUACUUUGGUCAGAAGAAUCUCUGGUUGUGAUGUUUUGUGUUUCCGCGAUCGGCCAUCAGGAGGCACAUGGCCUUUCGGUCACUCUCCUUUGGCAAGACGCGAGCGUGACGUGGAGGCCCAACACGUUCUACCACUGGAAGGUGAUCCACCGCCCCAAAAUAGGGCUCCUGCGAUUCACCAUGUACGAGAAUGGGAAGUUCUUAAGCGGCUCCGGCAACAUCUACAACUCCCGGCUCAAGGGCGGCCGGCUUGGGGCGCUCAGCAACUCGCAGAGGAGGAUUCUGUGGGUCUACAUGAAGUACAGCUGUAACGAAAAAGUGCCUCAGGCUGUAUACAACGACCUGCCACCAGCUCUCCAGGCCCAGGUAGAGAUCGACGAUGGAAGCUAUCAACCCACUGGAAUAUAA